CGGCUGUUCCUUUGCUUCAGCUGCAUUGGGAUCUCAUCUCCCUUGUUCUGUCCUCAUCUGCGAUCUGUAAGGCGUUGGGAGCUGCAGGCGGACUCGGGAGGCCCAGGAACCAGAAAUGGACUCAGUGGCCUUUGAGGAUGUUAAUGUGGAGUUCACCAUGGAGGAGUGGGCUUUCCUGGAUCCGACCCAGAAGAAACUCUACACAGAUGUGAUGCUGAAAACCUUCUGGAACCUGGCAUCAGUAGCAUGUAUUUUAGAAGAAAAAUGUGAAGGCCAUCUCAGUGAAGAUCAGUAUGAAAAUCAUGAGAUGAAUCUUAGCAGUCAUAUGGUAGAGAGACUCUGUACAAGGAAGGAUGGUUGUCAAUGCAGAGAAAACUUCAGCCAGAUUCCAAAUCAUAAUGAGAAGAAGGCAACUCCUACUGAAAUAAAACAACCUAAAUCCAGGUUGUGUAGGCAAAUCUUCAUGCGUUAUUUAUCCUUGAAUAACCACCUGAGCUCUCACAUUGGACCCAAACUAUACCUGUGUCAGGAAUAUGAAGAAAACUCUUAUAAAUGUAUGGAACCUGAGAAAGCUUUCAAGCCUCACCAACAUAUUCAAAGACAUGAAGGCAGUCCCAGUGGGAAAGCUUUUCACUAUUCAGCUUCCCUUAGAAAUCAUGAAAGAAUGCAUAUUCCUGGGAAACUGUAUGAGUGUAAGCAAUGUGGGAAAGGCUUUAGUCAUCUCAGUUACUUUAAACUUCACAAAAAUACUCAUAGUGGAGAGAAACCAUAUCAGAGUAAGCAAUUUGGCAAAGCUUUCAGUUCUUCCAAGUACUCUGGAGAAAAUGAAAGAACACACACUGCAGAAAAGCCCUAUCAAUGUAAGAAAUCUGGCAAAGCUUUCAGUUCCACUUCUCUUAGAAAUCCUGAAAGAACACAUCCUGGUGAGAAACCUGAUGAAUAUAAGGAAUGUGGGAAAAUCUUCAGUUGGCUCAGCUCUCUUGAAACACAUAAAAGAAGUCAUGACAGAAAGAAGCCUCAUGAAUGUAAGGAAUGUGGUAAAACAUUUUCUUAUCCCUCUUUCCUUAGAAUUCAUGAAAUAAUUCAUACCCAGGAAAAACCCUAUGAAUGUAAGCUUUGUGGUAAAGUUUUCUCUUAUUCAACUUCCCUCCAAUAUCAUAAAAUAACUCAUAGUGGGGGGAAACCCUAUGAAUGUAACCAAUGUGGGAAAGCCUUCAGUUUUCCCAGCUCUCUUGCAAGACAUAAAAGAAGGCAUGACGGAAAGAAGCCUCAUGGAUGUAAAGAAUGUGGUAAAACAUUCUGUCAUGCCUAUGCCCUGAGAAAACAUGAAAGAACUCAUAUUGGGACAAAACCCUAUGAAUGUAAUCAAUGUGGUAAAGUUUUCAAUAUCCAAUCUUCCCUCCGACGUCAUGAAAGAAUUCAUACUGGGGAAAAACUCUAUAAAUGUGAGCAUUGUGGCAAAACUUUCUUUGAUCUAGGUGACCUCCAACGUCAUGAAAGAAUUCAUACUGGGGUAAAACCCUAUGAAUGUGAGCAUUGCGGUAAAGGUUUCUCUUAUCCAGAUUCCCUCCGAGAUCAUGAAAGAACUCAUACUGGGGAAAAACCAUAUGAAUGUAAGCAAUGUGGAAAAGCCUUCAGGUAUCCAAAGUCCUGUCGAAGUCAUGAAAGAAUACAUACUGGGAAAAAGCCCUAUGUAUGUCAGCAAUGUGGUAAACAUUUUAGUUUUUCCACAUCUCUUAGAAAUCAUGAAAAAAUGCAUUCUGGGGAGAAACCCUAUGAAUGUAAGCAAUGUAGGAAAACUUUCAGAUAUUCCGCUUCUCUUCGAAAUCAUGAAAGAAUGCACACUGGGGAGAAACCCUAUGAAUGUAAGGAAUGUGAGAAAGCCUUUUUUUCUACCAAAUGUCUUAGAGAACAUGAAAAAACUCAUUAUGGAAAGAAGCCUCAUGAAUGCAAGGAAUGUGGUAAAACGUUCCUUUAUCCCUCUUUCCUUAGAAAUCAUGAAAGAAUGCAUACUGGGGAAAAACCCUAUGAGUGUAACCAUUGUGGUAAAGCUUUCUCUUAUUCAACUUCCCUCCGAUGUCAUGAAAGAACUCAUAAUAAGGAAAAACCCUAUGAAUGUAAGCAAUGUGGGGAUGACUUUCUUCAUUCCAGUUCCCUUCAAAUUCACAAAAAUACCCAUAGUGUAGAGAAAUCAUAAUGAAUGAAGGAACUCACACUGAAAAUAAGCCCUAUUGUGUAAAGAUUGUAGACAAGCCUUUGACCAUCCUAAUUCUUUUUCUUUUUUUUUUUUUAUCCUCACCUGAGGAUAUUUUUCCUUUGAGAGAGUGGAAAUUAGAGAAAAAGACAGAGCAAUAUUGAUGUGACAGAAACACAUCAAUUGGUUGCCUUCUGCACACACCCAGACAUUUAAGCACACACAGUGGAGAAAAACUCUAUGAAUGAAAGGAUUGUUGUAAAGCUUUCACUUUCUCCAAGUCUCUUAGAAAGCAUGGAAGAACACAUACUUGGGGGAAACCUUAUGAUGUAAGCAAUUUGGGAAACCUUCAGUUGUAUCACACAUCUUGGAAGACAUAAAAGAAGACAUGAUGGAAAUAAGCCUCAUGAGAGGGGCUGACCUGGGCCCUGGGGUUGUAGGAGGAGACACCAGGGUGGGAUGGAGUACCCAUCCAGCCAGCUUCCACCUUAUUUUCCCAGGUCUCCACUGGGGUCAGCUGCUGUGUGGUGGCUGCUGGGAUGCCCGGGCCCAGGGAGGUGGCCAAUCUAUGUGGAGUGCGCAACUGCUUUGGGAACUGAGCCCUUCACCUGACCUGCACCUGGCCUCUCAGUCCUGGUUCCAUGCGCAUCCUGGCCACUGAGCUCCACUCUAUCCUGCCUGGACACAUGGGGCGAAUCUACCCUUCUUGUGGGUCCCCUGCCUUGGCUCUGAAGGGUUGUGGGACCUGGAGCAGCUACAACAGGCAGGCCAGCCACCAAUGUCCCAUGGGCAGACCUGUGGCUCUCAUCCCCAGGGAACUGACUUUGGAGAACAAUGGGAUGUUUUGAAUUUAGGCAGGCAUGGUAGGAAUGCAAGGAUUUUUUGAGUCUCCUUUCUUAGAUGGAUCCAAAGCAGAUUACUAGAAUUCAGUGCCCUAUUUUACAGUGUACGAAGUGAUAGCAUAAUUGCAAAAAAUCUUUUCUUAAGUAUAUUGCAACAUUUUUAGGGGAAACAUAUUUAUGCCUAGAUUUAACUGAGUUACCCUGCUGGCACAAAGUAAAAUGAGUGACCUCGAAAAAUGCAAAGUUGAGACAUUAAAGACUAAUUUGGAUUAAUAAAUUAAUAGAAAUAUUACUGUGAUCAUAUCACUAUAUGAGGUCCAU